GGGGGGGGGCUCUUCCAGGGAUUUUUGGUACCUCUCUUACACAUAUUAACGCCAAAAUUCUCGACAAUACCUUUCAGAAUACUACAAAUUAACGGGCUUGCUUGUCGAAAGAUACCAACCAUCAAUUUCCAAAACUGACAGCACUCAAGUGACAGCGGAGAAAGUCGAAGAGACCAUACAGAACCAAAACAGCCUGUCCUCGUUUUCAUGUAACGAUAGACUGUAUAUUGAAAACUUUGAAAAUUCGAGUUACCUCAACUGGAAGUUCGUCGGCUAUUUGAAAGUGCCUGAAAGUGCAAGCUACCAGUUUAAAAUGACGUGCAACAAAGUGUGUGAAAUCUUCAUAACAAAAGACGAAAUUGAAAAACGUAUCGGAAUAAGUUUACACACAACGAGCCAACCUGAGACAGUGGUAAAUGCUGGGACGCUGCAGCCUAAUAAAAUGUACCCAAUAAAGUUAUUUUACCAGCCGGGGGAACUGUCGCGGGAGAUGAAAAUAUUGCACAAAAACAGUAAAAGUACUGAAGAGUUCUCAAAUUCGUGGGAAAAAAUGCUUUAUAACCUAAAAGAAGCUGAAUCACAAAAGAACAUGCCAGAUCUGUUGAUGUGGACCAUAAGCUCCACGUCAGUUGCUGUAGAACUGCCUUCACAGCCAAGGCUACCAAAGAAAGAUAAUUGGACUUCUAUGCCGAAACAUGAAAUACACUACUUCCAAUAUGACUACAGAAAUGAAGAACAUAAAGUUAAUAUAACCUUGGGACAUCGUGUUCUGGUAGCAGGACUACAUAAGAAUACAAUCUACGGAUUUUAUGCUCAUUUUUUUGGAAAAAUCAACGAGAAAGAUCAAAAUAUUGUGUCAAGAAUAAGAUACAAAAGAACAGAUGAAGAUGUUCCAGACUCUGCCCCUGCGAAGGUAACUGCUACCACAGAGUCUCCGACCUCGAUUAAGCUGACCUGGAGCCCAAUCGCUGACUCCUCUUUGAUGAAUGGUGUUGGCCGUGGGUACGAGUUACGACAUAGAGCUAAAGAUUCAGGGCUAACUGACUGGAAAUCUAACAUCAUAUAUGGUAUUCAAAACAGAUUUUUCGUAUUGGAGAGGCUGAAAAAAGGCACAUUGUAUGAGUUUAAAGUAGCAGCAAGGACGAGGAAAGGGAGUGGUGUUUUCAGUAAUAUUGUCCAGAAAAAUACAAACAACGAAUGCCUGAUAGUUGAAGACGACCCUACAAGCUUUCACACGAACAUUCUAUUUGCUGAUAAAGCACUGAAGCGUCAUGUAGAUAAAGUUAUUCAUGUGAAAACAGUUGAAGAAUGCUUCAACCAAUGUCGCCUAUGCAUUGAACAAAGAGCUGGUUGCCACUGUGAAUCUUUCAACAUAAGCAAGAAGAUGUUGGAAGGGACAAUGGUGUGUGAAAUAAAUUCUGGUCAUCAUAAGGAAUUUCCAUCAGAUUUUGUUGACCGUGAAGGGUACCAGUACUAUAUUGUAAUGUAAAGUUACAUCUCCCGUCAAAGUUUUUUGUCUAUUAUUCAGGGGCAGAGCCAAGAAAAUUUUUGGAGCGGCGAAGAGGCGAUUUUUGCCGACAAAAAAGGGUGUAUCUCACUCUUUAAGGGUGUGGUCAAAAAAUAAAUACUCCUGCAUGCUACCUUUAUUCAUUUCUCUUUCAAAGUUUUUACUCUAGACACCUCUGAUAUUAUUGUAAAUAGAGUACCGAAGUGAUGAGGUCAUGAAAAUAUACUUUUAGAAUUUUUUAAUUUUGAUCCCAGAACCUAAGGAGUAUAGUGAAAUACCUCUAAAUUUGCAAAUUCAGUUAAAGGCAUUACGAAUUGGCUUAGAGAUGGCCACAUAAGGACAAGCUCUUGCCCCGUCAAACCUCUGUAAUUUGGUCUUGGUUCAUAAUUUUAUGAACCAGGCCAGAAUAACAGUAAUCCGUUAGCAAGCUUGAAAUCUUUCAUCGGUCAUAUCUCGCCCAAUUUGGAACAUAUCUAACUAAUUUUGCAUAUUGAGAGGUAUUUUAUGCUGUUCUUUAGGAUUAUGUGGCUAAACUCAAGAAAUUCUAAAAAUAGAUUUUUGGUGACGUCACACUUCGGUACUCUUUUGUCAAUAGCAUCCAUAUCUUGAAGUUUUCUAUUAGAAACUGUAAUAGUUUAAAAAACAUUUUGUCUUCAUGGCAUUAUAAGAACAUUAGGCAGGCAUUAUAGAUUGAUAUACUGUUUUGAACGAAGGUGUUACAGCUCUUGGCACAUUACGGCACAUACAGGGGGUUUGUUUUAUAUGAAACUAUGAAAAUUACUACCUUUUGUAACGGAAAUGAUAGAAAAUAAUAGUUUUGUUUAUUUUGAACUACUUUUACGAGAAUAAAAUCGAUAUUAAAUAAGAGCCGUUAAAACAGGUUGACAAAAGAAAAUGGUAAGGAUACAAAACUUUGCAGAUAGCGCCCUUUUUCUAAACGUUCCUAUAAAUGAAUGUCUCGAAAAGCGUAGCAAUCCUUAAGAAAACAAAGGGAGUUAGGGUGUUUAUCUGAGAAAUUUAGGACAGAUAUUUCUUGACUUAUGUUCAUCAUAUCCAGGUGAACUGGAUACUUCUUCAAAACCAUUCCGGUUUUACGUUAACCUUUACAAUGAUUCUGUCGGAUGGCUUUAUAUCUUUUUCAGAGGUAAAACCCUAAGUAACCCAGCUCUCACGCGAAAUUUCACUGAAAUUGAUUAAAGCAUUAAUUUGCGAAAGCACGACCAAUAAAUAACAAGGCUCCUCUAGCAGAUCCAGCAUUCACUUUUUUAGCAUUCCAAACAGUCUGUAUUGUAAUGAAAUUUGCAUAUUUACUUCAAUGUUAUCUUUUCACGAUAUCUUGAAACAUGUUAACAAGCGUUUGUAGAUUAACAGACAAAUUUGCGACAAGCUUCUGAAGACAAAUCUAUUUAUCUUUGGUUUCUUGAAUAGUGUACACCAGCGACAAGACGAGAGUGGAUUAGAAAGUGCUUACCAAUACUUCACGGCUCUUCAAACCAUCUUUUCGUCAGUAAUUCUUCUUAUAGUUGCUUUUCGACAAGUUUGCAAAAGCUAGGCCAUUCGAGUUUCCUUUGCAGCAUUACACGUUGCUUAACAAAUGCUUCAAGAAGUCCAGAAAACCUGUCCCUUGCAGUGUAAUCUGCAGCAUGGGUAUUGAUUACAGGCCAAACAAAGACAACAGUACAAAGGCAGUUAAUCGAAAUGCAGAAAGUCGUUGGAGAACUCCCAUGAGAAUUGAAGCCUUUUGGAGCAUUAUGGCUUAUGGUCCUUGGGGCAUACUGUAAGCAAUUAGAUGUUACAGCAAGUAAUUGAAUACUUUAAAACGUAUAUAUUUUUUAGAUAGAAUUUUUAGAACUAAUCGUUUUAAGAAAAAAGGCAAACAGAAACUAUAUCGCUUGCAAAAUUUUCAAAUAUUUUUGCCUUUUCUUGACCGCAAAAUAAAUAUCGCAAUCUUUAAGUUCUCCUGAAAAUGCAUAGACGUGUAAUUUCAAAAAGCUUGUUUUUUUUUCUGUGGAAGUUUAUUCUCAAUAAACACCUCCUUAUGACGGAGAACUCCCAAUCAAGGACACGCCCAAAUAACGGACACUUCCCAAUCAAGGAAAUCCCAAAACGGACACAAGUAAAUCACAACAAACCCUAAAUAAAUGACAAAAUCAAACACCUUCGAAAAUGGGCAACUUUAGAAAACGAAGUCGAUUUUUCCUAAGGUUCAAAGUUAUAUAGGCUUUGCGAUAGAAGUCAUAUAGGCAAGCUCUCUACAACGCAACGGAUUCUUCGGGUUUCGAAUACAAGAAAUUUUCCCUGAAUAGUUCAUUGGUUUAGACCGUAGGUUGCAAAGUACAGUAUACUUUCGACAAAUGGCACCCUGAAUAAGUGGGUCUUUUGUUAAGCAGAAUCAAUCUUUCAGGUCCCUUGGAGGUUCCGCUUAACGGCAGUAUAACGUAGAAGCAAAGGUACUAGCUUUUGAAACAGAUUGCAGUUUGAAAAGUUUCCUUGGUAUCUUAAAUUGACAGUUAUGCUCUAAAUGGACAAUCAAGAAAUGCGGAACUCGCAAUUUAUCUGUAUAAAAAUAACUGCAACAAA